AUGCGAUUAUUACUUUGCUUAUUACUUUUUUCAUGGUUGAUUAUCAUCGAUGCCUGUCCAGAAGUUGUGACAAAAAUCUGCCAAUGUAGUGAAGUUCACAAUGGAAUCGUGCUGGAUUGUUCGAAUAGCACAGCCAGAGAAACAAUGGUUCUUAUUCGCAACAAUCAGGCCCUAAUCGGACUUAUUCAAUCGUUGACCAUGAAUCAGGCAAAUUUGGAUGCUAUCCCACCAAACUUUUUUGCUGGCUUAUACAUCAAAAGACUGGAUUUGUCACAGAACAAUAUCAGAAAAGUUGAUGAAGCAGCAUUCACAGGAAUGAAUCCAGUGUUAGAGGAGUUGGUAUUAAACCACAAUUUACUUGAGAAUGUGCCAUCUGCUGCCCUGGCAGGUCUUCCAAACUUAAUGCGGUUGGAUCUUUCGAACAAUAGUAUUGUUGAAAUUCCAGAACAUGAAAUAUUCCCAAAUCUUAAUAAGCUCUAUGACAUCAACUUGGGAAGUAACAACAUCUUAUCAGUCCAUACGAGCACCUUCCAAAAUGUGAAAAACUCCCUUCAAACCGUCAAUUUGGGACAUAACAAUUUGACAGCAGUGCCAUCAUCUGCGAUUCGCGGUCUUAAACAACUUCAAUCUCUUCAUCUUCACCAAAACCAUAUUGAGCAGUUAGAUGCUCUCAAUUUCCUCAAUCUUCCAGUUCUCAACCUUCUCAAUCUGGCUGGAAAUGAAAUCCAUGAACUGAACCGUCAAGCAUUUUUGAAUGUGCCAAGUCUCAGAUAUCUCUACUUGUCUGGAAACAGGAUCAAGAAGUUGACAGCUUAUCAAUUCCAAACUUUUGAACAACUUGAGAUGUUGGAUUUAACAAAUAAUGAGAUUGAAGCAAUUCCAUCAAACUGUCUGUCUGGAUUGAAGCAACUCCGUCAACUAUAUCUUGCACAUAACAAAAUCUCCAACAUCAGCGCAAAUGCAUUUACAAAUAGCUCAAUUGUUGUUUUGGUAUUGUCUUCCAACGCAUUGAAAGCUCUUCCAGCUGGCACUAUCACCGGACUACCACUGCUUCAACAAAUCUCGUUCCGGGACAAUCAGAUCAAAACCAUCGAUCGUAACGCAUUUUACGAUGUCACCUCUCUUGUCAUGCUUGACCUGGCAAAAAACCAAUUGACCGAAAUCGCGCCAUCAACCUUCUUAGCUCAAUUAAAUUUACUUUUUGUGGAUCUCAGUGAGAACAAAUUGACGAAGACGCCAUAUAACGCGUUCAAUAGAAGGGUCGGAACCGUUUUGUUGAAGGAGAACCCAUUGGUGUGUACUGAGAAUUUGCACAUGUUGCAAGACGGAAGUGGAGUGUAUAUCAAGGAUAGUGCUGACUUGAUUUGCGGGAGGAAACCAACAACGCCAAAGCCAGAACCAGAGCCAGUGCAAAUUUUGACAGAUGCUCAAGCACAGGAUCCAGUACAGAAGCCUGCACUAGUUCAGAUUCCAAGAAUGCAAAUCCACCGCAACCCUCAACUCAACACUCAAUCACCACCACAAAUCCCGUCCGGUGCAUUCCAACAAAUUGAUCUCGGGCGUCCCAGAACAUUGCCACGUGGGCAUUCAAGAUUUAUAAUCGAGAAACCGGUACCAUUCGAGCAGCCGACCGAGUUGACACCAAUUCAACCAAUUAUUCUUCCGAGUCGUGAGGAUGAGAUGAGAAAGUUGUCCAAGGAAGUGGAAACUUCACAAAACUCCCAAAAUUCACAGAACUCCCAAGAAACAGUGGAAUCUACCAGCCCAAUGGCUUCAGUCAAAGCUACAACUGAUAUCAUGGACCGACCAGGUGUAGUACUCCCAUUCCCAGUUCCAUUCUUGAAGAGAGGCCCAAAUCUUUCUGAAUCUAAGAAAGUACAAGCCACCGAUAUUCCAUCUACUUCUCAAGUCUUCCAUACUCUUCCACCAUCAAUUUUGAUUGAACCAGGAAGUACUCCGAGAGUCGGCCAGCCACCUUCAACAGAGACCGUUGUGAAAAAUGAGCAUAUCGAUGAGUUCGCAUUGGCAUCCUCGAAUAGCAAUGAGGCUACUCUCCAACCACGACAAGAGAAACCGUCAUUCUUCACAACAACUAUUAUCUUUAUCUGUGUCGGAGCUGCGGUUCUUGUCUUGGUCGUAGUUAUUGUUUCACUUUGCAUCAGUAAGCACAGACAACUCCAAUUCGAGAACACCUACUCGGAUAGCAGUCAUGCCAGAACCAGCGAAUACAUCUCCACUCAAUACCGACAAAAUACACUUGGAGCCAGUGGAAGAGUUGGGCGGUUCGAGGAGUCACCAGCAUGGAUUUACAAUCCCGGCUCCAGUUAUUGCAAUUAUUACAAAUGA